CAGAGCUGUACAUUCUGGAUUAGUGGAAACAAGUGGAGGUAGCGGGGAUGGAGCGGUGCUGACGGGGAGCUCGGAGCAUGCUGUUACUGCGAGCUGCUGGGCAUCUCUGGAGUGCUGACUAUAGAAGUGGAUUCCGGUAGCAGAAAGGACGAUUCGGGGCAUGCUUCUCUAAGGAGAGGACUUGAGACUAUACAAUGGCUGCUCAGAAGAUCAGGUCUGCCAAUGCCAAUGGUCUUCCUCGCUGCAAAUCAGAGGGUACCUUAAUCGACUUUAGUAGUGGAGUUCCUGAUCCCAACUUAAAUGAUGUCAAAGUUUUAUCUCCAAGCUCUCUGCUCAUCAACGACCCUGCAUCUCUAGAGAAUGUAAAAGAGGUUGUGGCAAUUAAGGAUUAUUGUCCCAACAACUUCACUACCUUGAAAUUUUCAAAGGGUGAACAUCUAUAUGUGCUGGAUACUUCUGGGGGAGACUGGUGGUAUGCCCACAACACUACGGAGAUGGGUUAUAUUCCUUCUGCCUAUGUUCAGCCCCUCAAUUAUCGCGACUCCUGCCUCAGUGAUAGUGGCAUGAUAGAUGGGUUGUUGGAGAGUGUGGAUGAAGGUGUGAAGGAGCUUGACCUUCUUGGAGACUGGAAUGAUUUUCUCAACCAAAACUCUAUCAAGACGCACAACAAUAAUCCUUUCAUGCGACCCUCUGUUUCCAAUCCCUUUCUUAAUGGACCGCUUAGCUCUUCGCAGAAUGUGACUCCAGAUACAAAAAGUUCAGUCGAUUUACUGCUUUUUGAUCCACUUACGACUUCCAAUGUCACCUCUACAGAAACCAGUACAGAUAUACUCCUAGAUCUACAUCCACAUACUGGACGCAAUCAAAAUGUUGGAGAACCCACACCUGCCAGGAGAGAUAACCCAUUCUUCCGGAGCAAGCGUUCCUACAGCCUCUCCGAGCUGUCCGUCCUCCAGGCGAAAUCUGAUAGUCCAGCCACGGGCAGUUUCUUUGCUGGUCUAAAAUCACCAGCCCCUGAGCAAUUCCAGAGCAGAGAAGACUUUAGAACUGCAUGGCUCAAUCACCGCAAACUGGCCCGGUCCUGCCAUGAUCUGGACAUGCUGGGCCAGAAUCCUGGAUGGGGUCAGACACAGCCUGUGGAGACCAGUAUUGUCUGCAGGCUGGACAGCUCGGGGGGUGCCGUGCAGCUACCGGACACUAAUAUAAGUAUACUUGUACCUGAAGGUCAUGUAGCCGGUACAGAGACACAACAGAUCUCCCUUAAAGCCCUGCUGGACCCCCCACUUGAACUAAACAAUGACAAAUGUACCACUGUCAGUCCUGUUCUGGAAGUAAAGCUCAGCAACAUGGAGGUGCAGACCUCACUCACCUUGGAAGUGAAAGUGUCUGUCGAGUUGCACAGCAGUAUUGCUUCAAUGAGUUCAGUAAAAAUAAACUGCUUAAGGAGCGAUGCAAAGGAAGGACCCUACACACUGAUGCCACAGACCUACAUUUAUGGGGACACUGUGCAAGUGAAGCUGGACAACCUGGAGCCUGUUAUGUAUUUAGUAAUGGUAGCGCAAGGACAACACAUUGUUCCUCCUUCCACUGUGUGGGAGUAUAUUAGUAAGAAGGUUACUGUGGGACUAUAUGGCCCUAAACAUAUGCAUCCUUUAUUCAAAGCUGUGGUAGCCAUAUUUGGCCAUGACUGCGCCCCCAAAACUCUUUUGGUUAGUGAGGUAGGUCAACAGAUCAACUCUGCACCAGUGACUCUGCACCUGUGGGGGAAACAGCAGUUUGUUCUUCCCAGGCCUCAGGACAUCAAAAUGUGCCUCUUCUCCAACAUGACGAACUACAGAGUAGAAGCUGGAGACCAGGGUAAAAUGGUUCGUGGAUUCCAACUUAAAUUGGGUAAGGUCAGCCGGCUCAUCUUUCCUAUCAGCUGCCAAGAUCCUGCACAGCUAUCUGACUUUACUUUACGAGUGCAAGUGAGGGAUGAGCUAGGCAACAUACUGUCCCAGUACUGUGUGCAGACCCCUCAGCCACCUCCAAAAGCUGGUGGUAAGUCCACAGGGCCAAGACGAUUUCUAAAGAAAAAAGAGGUUGGUAGGAUAGUCCUUUCUCCACUAGCAGUCACAUACAAGUACCCUACCUUCCAGGACAGGCCAAUAUCCAAUAUGAAAUAUGGAAAGCUCUUGAAAACUGUUAUACGACAAAGCAAGAACCAGUACUUGCUGGAGUACAAGAAAGGGGAUGUUGUGGGUCUUCUGAGUGAAGAGAAGAUCCGACUGAAAGGACAGCUGUGGACCAAAGAGUGGUACAUUGGCUAUUAUCAGGGUAAAGUGGGCCUAAUUCAUGCAAAGAAUGUGCUUGUUGUAGGAAAAGUAAAGCCAAACUACUUCUCUGGUCCUGAGUUGACAACAAGUUCCCUGAUGGAACAGAUUCUACGUCCAUGCAAAUUCUUAACCUAUAUCUAUGCCUCGGUGAGAACCCAUCUUAUGGAGAACAUUGGAAGCUGGCGUGCUUUUGCAGAUGCUCUGGGUUAUGGGAACCUUCCUCUGUCCUACUUCUGCAGAGUGGAGGUAGAAAGCGAGCCUGAGAGAGUUGCAUCUGUGCUAGAGAAGCUAAAAGAGGAGUGCAACAACAAUGAAGGCAAAGAAAAGAAAUCAUUCCAGAAAGAGCUCAUAGCGGCCCUUCUAAAAAUAGACUGCCAGGGGCUAGUGGUGCGUCUCAUACAGGACUUUGUUCUGCUAACCACGGCAGUGGAGGUCGCUCAGCGCUGGAGGGAAUUGGCUGAAAAACUGUCAAAAGUGUCCAAGCAACAAAUGGACGGCUAUGAAGCCCCGCACAGAGAUAGAAACGGAAUGCUGGAUAGUGAGGCCAUGUGGAAGCCAGCUUAUGACUUUCUCCUGACGUGGAGCUCGCAGAUGGGGGACAGUUACCGAGACGUGAUCCAAGAGCUACACACGGGCCUAGACAGAAUGCGCAACCCAAUCACCAAGAGGUGGAAGCAUCUGACUGGGACCCUAAUCUUUGUGAAUUCCCUGGAAAUUCUUAGAGCCAUGGCCUUCAGCACGCAUGAAGAGGAUGAUUGUGUUAUCUGAGCGCAGGACGCAGCUCACCUUUCUUUAAGUUACAAAAUGCGUAUGGUGGCUUUUUGUUGGCAGAGUAGUUCGGAGGCAUCGACUCCAACUUGUCUAUGCUAAAGGGUACUGAAAAAGUGGCCUUGCAUAACUAGACAUGACUGUGGGGUUAUAUAUAGUAUUUCACUAUGUAGGCAUAAGCUGUCGGUGAUCAGUAUUUCCCCCACCAUCAUGGGGCGCACCUACAUUUGACUGACCGAUCCAUUGUACAGAUACUCGUUUUAAUGCCUUUUCAGGCGCCACAAAACUGCUUUGUUAUACCAGUCUUAUGGUCCCAACUUGGUAACCACAAAAAACAUGCGUAUCUUUUCACUGCCAGCAGCUCCAAGGUGAGAUUUGCACAUUAGAUCUGUAGCGCAUGCUGCGAGAUCGGUCGUGACGCAUGUGGCAGUGGAUGACUCCAGACGCCCCCUUGUGGACGAUUUUGCUGGCUCUAAUUGAAUGUAUAGUGUAAAUAAACCAAUUCUUGAGCCAAAGGCAUAAAGUGGGAGGCCAAACAUUCCUCCUGGCUCCAUUUUGCCUUCAUAUCCUGGACAAGCACAAAUUUUAAUUUUUCUACCAUUAUUAUUUGUCCUUUGCUCCGGUGAGGAAUAUCCCUGUCCUUUUGUGUAACAUUUUUUAUGAUGUGUUUUUUUUAUUUAUCUUUUUUUGACUUGAGUGUGUGUAUAUAUAUUAUGUCAUAGAAAGUUUUAUAGAUUGUAUAUAAAUCCCAAAGCCUUGUGAAUGCACGCACAGCAUUUUCAGGACAAUCUAAUGUCACACGUGCCUGUUUAAAGCAAUAAAUCUGUUUUAGGGCUGGGAUUGUCAACACAGAAUUAAGUGUCUAACAUGGGACAAGGGUGAUACUCUGAAUUUGUACAGCGCUUUUUCACCAUGUAACUAUUCCGUUCCCAGGGAAGUGAUUGGGGAUCGUCUAUAGCCUGACAUGCUGGCAUGAGGCCUGCUUUUGUUUUUUUAUCAUCUUCUCUGAAUUUCUUUACUUUCCACGAGUCCCUGUGGGUUGUUGGUGCCUUAUUCAUGUGUUAGAGCGACACUCUUGCCUAUCCUGUUGGCUGUAGGUGGUCUGGCAUACGCCUGUUGUGCUAACAGUUGGUCUUUUGGCAAACCUUUUAUCUAUUCCAACUGCCUCUUUAAAGGUAUGAGCCAUCGGAUAUCUAGCAGUGAUAUUUGGGGAUGGGUAGAAUAUGUCUGAAGAGGAGGAGGGUCUCGUCUGUUUCUAUACUUUUUUGUUCUUUUUUACUUCUGACCAAUUUUCUAACUACCUCGCAUUCAUUCACCAUAACAGUCUAAUAAAAAUCUAAGGUCAACUACCGAAA